AUGAUUGUGGUUGAAAGUUUCAGGGAUUUAAUAUCAAACUGCCAAAAUAACUUGUAUGUUUCAUCUUUUCUAAUGUUCCCACCUUGUCACUAUCUCGAUAGGAUGGGUUCGCAAGAUGUUUUGGAACUUACACAACUACUACAUGUAUUACAAUUGAAGGUUACAAAAAUUGUGAUUUUGGUAUUUUAGAAAUAAAUGUCGGAAACAAAGGCUUUAAUGUUUAUAGGAAUUUUUCUUUAUUAAAGGGAUUUAAGAAGUAAAAAAAAUUAUAAACUGAUUAUCAAAUUUUCUACAUCAUCAGCAAAUUGA